AAACAAGGGAUGUGUUCACAUGGAGAUGGAGACAAAGAGGCAUCCCAAGAGUAGCCCAGAGGAGCGACCACCACCAAGGCGGCCACACCGCCAACUUGCACCCCUGCGCCAGGCCGACGUCCUGCCAAGUCGCUCACCCACCCGCUUCCCUCCCAAGCCAACCACACCCGACCCCGUCGUCUUGCCGUUACCUGUUACGGUGGUGCGUGUCCACCCAGCGAUAUUGUCGCGAUCGGUCGUACGUGUGCUGCGAACCUGACACGGCCUCUGCUCCCUCCUCUCCCCCUCCUUUUCGUUUCCGUCACGCUUGCGGGCCAACCCCUCGCAGGCCUUCCCAUUAUUAUAUCACCCCCUCUACGAUUGCAGAUUUCCGUGAAAGCGACCACAUAGAGAGAGAGAGAGAGAGAGAGAGAGAGAGAGAGAGAGAGAGGUAGUGGAAGCAGAUUCCAUUCCGAUUGAUGGUGGUGCAAUGCCACCGUACAUUACUGCAUACUAUAUUGCAUUUAGUGCGGAGAAUAAUUGUUCUUUAAGGUUGCAGAUACAGUGUUCCUCGCCGUAGGGCAGGCAAGGAAUGGAGCUCGAUGAGCAUGGCUUCCUGGAGGAGCUGCUCGCCCUGAGAAGAGACGAUUGGGACUCUGACUCGUUUCCAGCUGGAAUGGGCGAGUUCUUCUUCCCCUGCGACGGCGGCUUGGACUGCUUCCAGCAGAUCAGCCCACACGCGUUGGCUCCCCUGAGCUUUCCGCCGGCUUUCGACGUGACCGUGGAGCCUAAUUUCGACGGUUUGAGUGACGUAUGCUGUCCGAUCGCCGGCCCGUACUCGGCGCCGGCACCGGAGAUCCAGUCUUCCUCGCUAGAUGACGGCGAGCUUGGCCUCGCUCGCAAGGUGGAGCCGGCGAUGUUUCGGUUGGAUGGCUGUGUGGAGAGGAAAAAGAAGAAGAAGAAGAAGCUCGAGGGGAUGCCUUCCAAGAACUUAAUGGCGGAGCGGCGGAGAAGGAAGAGACUCAACGACCGGCUCUCCAUGCUGCGGUCCGUCGUCCCUAAGAUUAGCAAGAUGGACAGAACAUCCAUUCUGGGCGACACCAUCGACUACAUGAAGGAGCUCAUGGAGAGGGUCAAACGCCUGCAGCAGGAGAUGGACGUCGGCCCAGAACAGCCGAAUCUACUGAGCACCAACGAGAUCUUAGCGAGGAAGUCCCCCAAGUUCGACGUGGAGAGAAGAGAUAGCGACACACGGAUCGAGAUCUGCUGCGCGGCAAAGCCAGGCCUGCUGCUGUCGACGGUGAACACACUGGAGGCCUUGGGGCUUGAGAUCCAACAAUGUGUCGUGAGUUGCUUCAGUGACUUCGGAUUGCAGGCUUCUUGCUCUGAGGGCAUAGAUCGGUGGGCGGUCGUCGGCGCCGAGGACAUCAAGCAAGCGCUCUUGAGGAAUGCAGGCUAUGGUGGGAGGUGUCUAUAGAUGAAUGGGUUCGGUGGCCGCUUGCAAAUGUCUGAUGAGUUCUUCUUGCUUCCGUCGUCACCGAGACCUUCACACAGGCCUUAACCAAGCCAUCAAUUCUUUCUCGAGUAGGAAGCAUCUGCUGUGAAUGAUGGAAGAAUCGAUUGAUGCAGGUGUCAAGAUGAAUGUGUGUUUCUAAGACGAUUGUUCAUGAAGAUCUUGAUCACUUAAGACAUGGACAAUGUGGACUUGUAAGAUAUCUCAAAGUAAUAGUUCGAUGUGCAGUCCUUAGCUUC